GGCCUCCUGCCCUGGGCGGCCGCCCAAUCAGCGGGCGCCCCCAGCCCGGCCUGCCCCUCCCCCUGUGGUGACAGAAAGUCAGCCCAGCAGAUGAGGAAGUGGCAGGCAGGCCGGCUGGCCCCGGGGACGUCUCUCUGCCCCAGCUCAUUCCGAGCCCUCUGCUGUUGCCCGCCUGGCCCCUCGCUGAGUCCUUAGCCAGGAUGGAGGCUGUUGUGAACUUGUACCACAGGAUGAUAAAGCAUGCAGAUCCCCGGGUCCAGGGCUACCCUCUGAUGGGGUCCCCCCUGUUAAUGACCUCCAUCCUUCUGACCUAUGUGUACUUCGUUCUCUCACUUGGGCCUCGAAUCAUGGCCAAUCGGAAACCCUUCCAGCUCCGUGGUUUCAUGAUUGUCUACAACUUUUCACUGGUGGCACUCUCCUUCUACAUUGUCUAUGAGUUCCUGAUGUCUGGUUGGCUGAGUACCUAUACCUGGCGCUGUGACCCUGUGGACUAUUCCAAUAGCCCUGAGGCACUUAGGAUGGUUCGAGUGGCCUGGCUUUUCCUCUUCUCCAAGUUCAUUGAGCUGAUGGACACAGUCAUCUUUAUUCUCCGGAAGAAGGAUGGGCAGGUGACCUUCCUGCAUGUCUUCCAUCACUCAGUGCUUCCCUGGAGCUGGUGGUGGGGUGUAAAGAUUGCCCCAGGAGGAAUGGGCUCUUUCCAUGCCAUGAUUAACUCCUCUGUGCACGUUGUCAUGUACCUGUACUAUGGGUUAUCUGCCCUAGGCCCUGUGGCUCAGCCCUACCUUUGGUGGAAAAAGCACAUGACAGCCAUCCAACUGAUCCAGUUUGUCCUGGUCUCACUGCACAUCUCCCAGUACUACUUCAUGCCUAGUUGUAACUACCAGUACCCGGUAAUUAUUCACCUCAUCUGGAUGUAUGGCACUAUCUUCUUUGUGCUGUUCUCCAAUUUCUGGUAUCACUCUUACACCAAAGGCAAGCGGCUGCCCCGUGCACUUCAGCAAAAUGGAGCUCCAGGUGUUGCCAAGGUUAAGGCCAACUGAGAAACAUGGCCUAGAUAGGCGCCCACCUAAGUGCCUCAGGACUGCACCUUGGGCAGCAUCUGUCAGUACCCUCCCUGCCUACACCUGUGACCAGGGUUUAUGUGGUCAGGAUUGAGCAGGGGACUGGCCCUCUCCUCUCCACAGCUGGUCUACAGGGACCACUGCUUCCGUUUGUUCCUCACCUACUUCCUCUGGCCAGCUCCAGAGAUGUGGCCUUAUUGCCUUCUGCUGCUCCAGAGCUGGGGGCUAAAAGGGCUGGACGCUUACUUCCCCCUCUCUGCCUUAAACUUGGGAGAGGAGCACUCAGGGCUGGCCCCCACCGGGUCUUGUGGCCUUUUUCCUCACACUGAAGAGGUCAGCAAUAAUCUGUCACCAUGGACCCAGUCUCCCUCCUCCACCCCACACUGAAGCAGUAGCUUCUGGGCCAAAGGUCAUGGUGGGCGGGAGCCUGGGAAUACAGCCUGUGGAGGCUGCUUACUCACUUGUGUCUUAAUUAAAAGUGACAAGAGAAAACCA